AUGACCAGUAAACCUAUCCCGUGGGCAGACUUUCUCCUGCUAGAACUUUUAGCAAGUCUAACACUGACUUGUAAGGUCCAUGAGGCUACCAAAGACUUCCAACUGCUCAUAAUAGUAAGACUGAAGCACUCACCAAUCCUGCUCUUCUCCAUCUACACAGAUUCCCUGCCCAGGCCCUGGCUUUCUGCUGAUCCAGUGCACUGGAUCACACCUGGCUUGAGCACAUUCCUGCUGUGCCAGGCAAGAGUGCAGGGCGUAGUCUUCCUGCUGAGGAGGGAAGGAGAUGAAGGUUUCCUGGAGGUAGCUGAAACAGAUGGCUUUCUGAAGGGAGCUGGACCCAUCCACCAGCCGGGCAACUACAGCUGCAGCUAUCAAACUCACAGAGAAUGUGCCCCCUCUAAGCCUAGUGGUAUUGUGACCAUCGAGGAGUACGCCACACCACCACCACCCAUGCUGACUUCUUCAGAAAGUUCCACAGUGGAGCCACCCCACAUGACCCUUCUCUGUGUGGCUCCUCUGGAUGACGUUGAAUUUCAACUGAGGCAGGGAAGGCGUGAGAUGAAGGUUCCUAUGGUCAGCACCAGCCCUGAGGAAGUCAACUUCUAUCUGAAAUUGUCAGACAUGGGUGACCAGAGCCCUUUCACCUGCCGUUACCGUCUAAGCAGAAUGACAGCUUGGUCCGAAGACAGUGAGCCCUUGGAGCUAAUGUGGAGUGAUGAAAAAUUGCCAGCACCACUGCUCACUGCAGAGCCGUCGAAAAAGAGCUAUGAGGCCGGUUCAACAGUGCAGUUUCGAUGUACCGCACCCAGGGCUGGUCUACGCUUUGGGCUGUAUAUCGAAGACUUGGAUGAGCGCAGCCUACUCCAGAUACUGGAGUCUUCUGGUAAUGAAACUGUCUUCCAACUGAAAAAUCUCUCAACCAUGGACUCUGCCAGCUACAGCUGCAUCUACACUGAACUGGCACCGCCCUACUCAGGAUCGGCUCCCAGCCAUCUUGUGCCCCUGUUGGUGAAUGGUAAGCUGAGCAUAGCCACGUGGAUAGAAGCGGGGCAAGGAAUGGGACUCUGGUAUGUUUCCCAAAUACUAAACUGCCAGGUGUCAGGGCCACCCCCACCACCAACGCUCCAGGCUUUGUGGACAGGAAUAGUGCCGGCUGGUUAUGAUGUUGUUCUACGCUGUCACAGUGAUGUGCCCGGGGUCACCAUAGAGCUGCUGCAUGAUGGCAAACUUGUGCCCUACAGGAUGCUCCGAGUAACGAGCACCCACAGCGACCUGGGGCUGAAUUUUGUGGGUCCCCAACAUACAGGAAACUAUACCUGCCGUUAUACUUCCUGGUGGCCUGAGCCCAUUCACUCAGAGCCUAGCAACCCCGUGGAGCUCCUAGUGGAAGCUCCCAAGCACUUCUUCCCCUUCCAACAGGUGUGGACAUCCAGCUUGAAGCGAUGA